AUGAAUUCGAACUGGUUUUCUCAGUGGAAUGAGAGGCAACGUGAAGACGAGGAAGAUGAUGAAGAAGAUGAAGAAAAUGAUGCACAGAGGCGAAGAAAUACAACACAAGUUAUGGAAGAAGCAGCUAGCUGGUUGGCUACUAACCCACUUCAACAACAACCUCAAUGGGGUGGUUCUGUUCCAGGUCGCACUACCUGUCAUCGAUCACGUGAGGUAGCUAAUGAAAAAUUGUUAAAUGAUUACUUCGUAGCUGACCCUGUGUACCCUGCCGAAACUUUCAGACGACGUUACAGGAUGAGGCGUGAAGUGUUCCUCUGCAUGUUAGAGCAUGUCCAGACGGCGGAUCCAUACUUUAGGCAGUCACAAGAUUGUGCUGGGCGUCCGGGAUUCUCACCUCACCAGAAAUUGACUUGCGCACUCCGGAUGCUAGCCACUGCAUGCUCGGCUGAUUCCUUCCGUAUGCCGGAAUCAACAACCAUUGAGAAUCUUAGUCGAUUUUGUGGUACCAUUGUCACCAUUUAUCAAGAACGCUAUCUUCAGGCUCCUACAACAGAGGAUCUAAAUAUGCUCCUACAAAGAGCCGAGCGACGAGGGUUUCCUGGAAUGAUAGGUUCUCUUGACUUCAUGCAUUGGCAGUGGAAGAAUUGUCCAGUGGGAUGGCAGGGUAGCUUUAGCGGCAAAUAA